AUGGUUGCCCACACUGUACUUCUUGACUUUACAAUACCAUCAAAUGUAAUAGUAGAUGUGGAGAAAUGUUCCAAUCUAAAAUUAGCAAUUGCUAAUGUCCUUCAAGAACAUUUUGAUAGUCUAAAACCAUUAAUUGAAUCAAGCAUUGAUGGAAGCUUUUUAGUCUUAUACACAGGUCCCAAAGAUAGUCUAAUUACAGUUCGGGGAUAUACUGAAGGAUUAAUUACUAUUAACAUUGAAUAUUAUAAGAGAGAUGAAGAGGAAGCACUUUUCAGUUUUGAGUUGGCCAGAGAAUUGGAGACAACGUUGCAGGCGGCUGUAGCUUCUACGCGUUCGCAUUCGCUUGCGCCGAUUAAACGCGGCGGACCUUUUGAGAGAUACUUUCCUACCGCCGAUGACAGAUUACUUGAAUAUGACAUAGAUAAGCUGAUCUUUGAAGCACGUUCUCCUUAUCAAAAGGUGCAAAUUGUCCACUCAAAAUCAUUGGGAAACCUGUUGGUUCUUGAUGAAUUACAAAAUAUAUCGGAAGCAGAUUUGAUAUACACAGAAACUUUGAUGCAACGUGGGAAAGAAAACUAUACAGGAAAGGAGAUAGUUAUCUUAGGAGGAGGAGAUGGUGGUUUACUUUGGGAAUUACUUAAGGAGAAACCAAAAUUCGUAACCAUGCUCGAAAUUGAUGACGUUGUGAUAAAAGCCUGUAGCCAGCAUAUGAGAAGCAUAUGUGGAAACUGUUUGGAUAAAAGAAAGGGCGAAAAUUAUGAGAUUAUUGUUGGGGAUUGUGCUAAAACUUUGGUACACAUGAUUGAAGAAGGCCGACAAUUUGAUUACGUCUUCGGUGAUCUUACAGAUAUACCAAUUAGUCCAACGGCACAUGGCGAUGCGUGGGAUUUUAUAAGACUAAUCUUGAACUCUUCAAUGAAAGUUUUAAAAUCCACAGGGAAAUAUAUGACUCAUGGAAAUGGAGCAUCUUGUCCACAGUCAUUAGAAAUGUACGAAGAAGUUCUUUCUCAGCUCUGUGUACCCGUAACUUUUACCAAAGAUAGUGCUUUUGUUCCCUCUUUCUUCGAAGAUUGGGUCUUCUAUCAAGUAUCGUUAAAAUGAUGGAUUAAACCUAUUAUAUUGAGGUUCCAAGAGAGGUAUAUUCACAAUCCAUUUUCUCUCUUAUGACUCAAAUUCGGCCCUAGUCGCAAAUUUUUUGUUAACAAGUCGGUUCCUGAAAAAAACGAUCCCGAUGCUGGACAUGAAAUCCCAAUUGACACUAUUACGCUGGCGUCUGUACAUACAAAAGGUGGUUGUUAUCUGUAUCUAUUUGUUUGUUUAGUAAUUAAUAAACUAUACAAAGGUACCCAAUUAUUUUUUCUACUAAC